CCAGGCAGCAUUUCCUUUCAACCAUCACAAAUUAUCUAUCAUACAAGUUUUUCUAACGAGAGAGAGAGAACCAGGGACGACCUGCAGAACACACAAAAAAAGAUGGCCAUUCGCGUGGAAAUGAUCGGUUGUUUGAUCGUUGUGGCAGCCACUCUACUGGUGGGUGGUGCAACCGCGGCAACAUACCAGGUUGGAGACGAGUUGAUGUGGAAAGUUCCUCCCGGCGGCCCUAUUGCUUACUCCACCUGGGCUGACCAGAAAAAUUUUCAGAUUGGUGAUACCAUUGUGUUCAACUGGACUGGAACUCACGAUGUGGCCGAGGUAUCCCAGGCCUACUUCGGCAACUGUACAACCUCUAACACCAUUGGUGCAGUCCAAACAACAAGUCCAGUAAACAUCACUCUUACUACCAACGUUACUCGCUACUUCAUCUGCACCGUCAGUAACCACUGCUAUCUGGGCCAAAGGGUUGCCAUCGGGUUCGGAACUUCGAGUGCAUCUCGGGCCAUCGGUGCUUUGUCCGUGCCUGUGCUCCUCUUGGCCAUUGCCAUCUCUUUCUUAAGUCAUCUAUAAUUUUCCCUCCAUAUCUAUAGAAGAUUUCUCGUGUCUUUUGUUAUGUUUUUCUAUUGGUACUGAGCUGAUAAGCAUAAACUAUGUAUUUUAUUUGAGUGCAUUAUACUAUUCAGAUUGAUUGCAGAUAA